CUAGUUGGGCUUGGCCAUAGUGGCCUGCCGGUCUCCUCUCUCUUGCACUCUCAUCACGCCUCACCCAUUCAUCUCUUCUAUUUAAAUUCUCCGUCUCUGCUAUUCUCCUCAUAAUAAUCUCUCUCUCUCUCUCCCCCCCCUUAGCUAACAUAAAUAAAAUGGCAGGUUGCGUCUCGUCAGUGUCUUUCCUUAGAUUUUUUGCCUUCUUCGCUCUUAUGUUCCUUAUUUUCUCUCCAUAUGUUCGUGCGCAAGCUCCUGCCCCAGCUCCUGCUCCCACCAGCGAUGGCACUUCUAUAGAUCAAGGAAUCGCCUAUUCGUUGAUGCUUGUUGCGCUGGUGCUUACAUACCUCAUUCAUCCCCUGGACUCCUAUAACUUCUUUUGAGUUUGUGUUUUAAUUUAUUUAUCUAUCAGCAUUGGCGGCUGAGAAGGAAUUUCUUACCUGCUGUGGAUAAGUUUGCAUUUGCUUUGGAAAUUUUGAUUUCUUUGCAGCUCACAUUGGAUUCUUUUUUGGCUGUGUAUUUCUUCUACUGUAGAUUUAUUCUCUCUUCUGUUAUGAUUAAUGCCGUGUGACUUGCGAUUA